AUGCAGUGGUUAGACAAGCAUCCUAAAUAUUUCUCCAAUCCCUUCUACAUAGCCGGGAAUUCUUAUUCUGGUAAGGUGAUUCCCGCGAUCGUUCAAGAGAUUUCAAAUGGAAAUUGUAUAUGCUGCAAACCUCAAAUAAAUCUUCAGGGCUAUGUGCUCGGAAAUCCGGCAACAGAAGUUGAUCAUGAUCGUAACAGUCGCAUUCCAUUUGCUCAUGGAAUGGCACUCAUCUCUGAUGAACUCUAUGAGUCAAUGAAGAAAAGGUGUGGAGGAAAUUAUUUUAACGUGGAUCCUCAAAACACAGAAUGCUUGAAACUCGUUCAAGACUUCAACAAGUCUGUUUCUAGAAUAUAUGAAGAACUCAUCCUAGAAUCAAAUUGUGACCCUACAUCUCCUGAUUGCUAUACGUAUCGGUAUUCGCUAUCCGAAUACUGGGCUAAUAACGAGAGCGUACGUAGAGUACUCAAAGUGGCGAAGGGGACUACAGGAAAAUGGGAGCGAUGUAACUAUAAUGUCCACUGCAAUAAGAACAUUAAAAGCAGCAUACCAUACCAUAUGAAUAGCAGCAUUGAAGGCUAUCGAUCUCUCAUCAUCAGUGGCGAUCAUGAUAUGACAAACCCUUUCAUUGGAACUCAAGACUGGAUAAGGUCUCUAAACUUUUCCAUUGUUGAGAAAUGGAGGCCAUGGAUGGUACAUGAUAAAGUCGCUGGAUACACCAAGACUUAUGCUAAUAACAUGACAUUUGCCACUGUUAAAGGAGGCGGGCACACACUAGAAUAUAAACCAGUGGAGAGUUCAAUCUUGUUCGAGAGGUGGAUAAGUGGCCAACCUCUUUAAACAAAUAAACCUUAAUCGUGGAGUUAUCUUAUUAACGUUAAAGCCGAAAGUGUUUAGUUUCUUGAUUCAUACACAUAUUUCGUUAUUAUUUUGACUAAUGUUUUGUUUCCUUGUUUUGAAAUUCUUAAAUUGAAAUUCGAAGCUGGGAGUCUCAGUUACAAAGAUUGCUUUUAUCUG